AUGUCUCGUCUGUCUCGUCUGUCUGUCUGUCUGUCUGUCUGGUCAGUUGGGUGGGUUUGGUCAUUUGCUCCUUAUUAUCUUCUUCUUAUUAAUAAAGUGGAUAAUGCUCUGACACACUUGCAUUCAUCAACAGGCAGCAAUAGUGCACCCAUUCGAUGCAUUGAAUGCGUUGCAGCGUGUCAGAUUGUGACCACUGGCUACCUGUGCUUCCCUCAAGAAAUGGACUCGCCCACAAUUUAUUUUGCAUUUUUAUUCUUCUCGUUCACUAACUGGUUGUGGUAUGGCAGGUGUGAAUACAUCAGUUCAAACAAUCACUACGCCAAAAUACAAUAUGUAAGUUUUUUUAUUCCAUUCUGUAAAUCAAACUCUGCCAGAAGCAGAGAAAUUAACAACGUUCAAGAUGUAAAACGAUGA